AUGGGAGAAGAGAAAUACUUGCCUGAGCUGAUGGCCGAGAAGGAUAGUCUGGAUCCAUCUUUUGUGCACGCGUCGCGCCUUCUGGCGGAAGAAAUUGAGAAAUUUCAAGGUUCAGAUGGAAAAAAGGAAGAUGAAGAAAAGAAGUAUCUUGAUGUCAUCAGCAACAAAAACAUAAAGCUUUCUGAAAGAGUAUUGAUUCCUGUUAAACAAUACCCAAAGUUCAAUUUUGUUGGGAAAUUGCUUGGACCAAGAGGAAACUCCUUGAAGAGGCUACAGGAAGAAACAGGUGCUAAGAUGUCUAUCCUGGGCAAAGGAUCGAUGCGUGAUAAAGCAAAGGAAGAAGAGCUGAGGAAGAGCGGGGAGGCCAAGUAUGCACACCUGAGUGAUGAGCUGCAUGUAUUAAUUGAAGUGUUUGCUCCACCUGGCGAGGCUUAUUCACGGAUGAGUCAUGCCUUGGAAGAGAUUAAAAAAUUCCUGGUUCCUGACUACAAUGAUGAAAUUCGCCAGGAACAACUCCGGGAGUUGUCUUACUUAAAUGGCUCAGAAGAGUCUGGCCGUGGCAGAGGUCUUAGAGGCAGAGGAAUCAGAAUAGCUCCCAUAGCUCCUUCAAGGGGCCGUGGGGGUGCUGUUCCUCCACCACCACCACCUGGACGAGGUGUUCUUACACCCAGGGGGACCACUGUGACUCGUGGAGCUCUUCCAGUGCCACCAAUAGCAAGAGGUGUCCCUACACCUCGUGCCCGGGGAACAGCAGUGGUACCAGGAUACAGAGCACCCCCACCUCCAGCCCAUGAAGCUUAUGAAGAAUAUGUAAGUACCCCCAAGAAAUCUGUAGGGAGGAAGAGCUAA